AUGGCCAACGCCGUUGCCCCUCUCCCCACCGUCGCCCCUCUUCCCCCGCCGUCAUUUGUCGUAGACCUGCCUUCGCUACCCAUGGCGACGAGCUCAUCAACGCGGGAGUCUCGUGCUACCCACACUCCCGACGACUGCUUCGACCAGAAGGCGUGGAUUGAGCAUGUUGAUCCUCACGUAUCACCUCGAGCUAUUCACGAUCCAACAUCAGGACCUCGAGUGCAGAAUCUGAGUUCUUCUCCCAAGUCUUCUUCGAACAUGGGUUAUAUUCGCACGACAUAUUCUGUUGGCAAUGCCGCACUAACACCUUCGGCGCGAUCUUCCUCUUCCAUGCAUACUCAAGUCGCGUCGAAUUAUCAACAGAUAGCGGACGCGCUCAAGGAGAACCCGCCCGCUUUUCUGACGCAGCCUCCACCCGUUCCUCCCAAGUCGGAAUUUCGGCCUAGGGCGAGGGCGAUCUGCACAGUGCCACCUUCUGACCAGCUUCGCCAAACUGUUUCUGAUCCCGGUCACUCUUCCGCAUCUGCCACGAGCUCCAGCAGCGUCCGCAACACGAAGAACUAUGUCUCACAUACCCAUUCGCUGUCCGGUCCGUCUUCUUACUCAUCGAGGGUAACUUGGGCAGAUGCAGUGCAUUUCCCAUUGUCCGGGAGUCCUCCGGCUGCCGAGGGAACGGCUGGUUCGUCUUCUUUGUCGCAGGUUGCGCCUGUCACAGGGCGUAGGAGGCUUCGCAAGCUUUCCCGUCCUGGUCCCGCAUCUGUCGCUCGUACUGUUCCCAACGCUUCCGGUCCAGCCAGAAGGUCAAGCAGCAGCUCCCUUUGGCGAGCACUAAGCUUGCGGAGUACCGGCACGAGUCCCGCUUCGUGUCGAUCCUCUGAUUCAGGCGAGAGGCUCUCGAGAAGCGAAGAUGGACAUAUUUCUGGCGCAUCGGUGCCUUGUCGGCCUCACCCGCAGACGCACAGCAGCAGUACCACGAGCGAGGGAACGCAUUCGUCGAGCUUAAAUGCUAGUUCCACGACUACUCCCUUUUCUUCUGCGCUAGCUACACCUCUUACCACACCCGAAUGCGAUUCGUCCUGCAUGUCGCCCGUCAUCGUCUCUGCACCUCCUCAGGAAAUGUUCCGUUCACCAUUACACUCGUCCAUCGGGCUGUCCUCGAUUAGUGUCAGUCCAAGGGGAUCGCGCAAAUUGAAGAAAAAGCGACCCCCUCACCCCCCGUCUGCUAUGAUGCGUUCGCUUUCAGGCAGCUCCCCCUCCUCGCAUACAGACUUGAGGAAUGUCAAAAGGUCAAGCACAGGCCUUGAUGGUUACCUCCCUCCAGUGCGGUCAGAGGCUCCGUUGGGAUUCGCCAUCCCGAAGGAACUGCAAGUCCAGCCUGUUUCGCUGUCGUUUACAGCUUUUGCCGAAGACAGGAAGAGGAGCUCGUCACACGCACUCUCACAGCUUGCCUGGACAGGUCUCUGCUCCUCUGAUCUUGCGGCGCUGACAUCCCGACAAAACCAGUCACCCGAGCGUGCAGCCUUGAUGGGGGACUUGGGUCCGGAGACUGGUAUAUUUGAUCCCUACGUCGAGUACGUGAGCCGUAUACCGUCCGACGCUAGGGGUUCGGUGGAGGGCAGGAGGGGCAGGGAGAAAGUCCUCGCUAACGGGCGCAAGCGGGCAGCGUCUCCCGCGUGCGGGACCAUCCCGUCGUCGAGGUCUUCUUCAUCGUCGCACAUCAACCCCGAUCCUUCUAUGCCUUCCACUCUUAUGCGGAGACACCGACGUAUGGACAGCAGCUCUACCGUAACUAUGCGCCGGUGGACUAUUGCGAUGGCGGACGUCUCGGACGAGGUGUUGGUGGAAGAGCUCGACCGGCUGCGGAGGGAGAGCGGCAGCAGGAUGAGGGGGCGUGCGGCUAAAGCUGCAAGGACUGGUGGCAGCCAGGACGGUCACGACAGCAGCAGUCGCGAUGCCACAGGUAGGGCAGCGUCAGUUGUAUAUGGCGGCCCCGCGGGCGGGAACAACGCUCGGUCGCCGAAGCCUGGCUUCCAUUUCGGCCCGAGUUAUGAGAGCGAUUCUGAUGACGAGGUGGAGCGAGAGGACGAUACUAUCGAUGAGGAGCACGAGAUGGCUAGCCCGGAGGAAGAGGAGGAAUGGAGGGCUGCACGCCGCGCUUUGCUCUGCUGUCGCGAGCUCUUGCGAACGGAGCGCAACUAUCAGGCGCGCCUCAGGCAGCUGCUGGAAGCGAGUUCCUCUCAUCCGAUGUUCUCGCUUCUGCUCUCGUACGUUCCUGCGCUCAUUGCUGCUUCUGAGGCUUUCCUGGUCCGCCUGGUCGACGAUCCUUCUGCGUGGGGCGUCAGCAUCGCCUUUAUUAGCUGCGAAGAGGAGCUCGAGGCUGCGUAUGUCGCGUGGUGCGGAAGCGUGGGUGAGUUCUUCACCGCCGAUGGCGAGAAAAUGAAGUGGGGGCGGAAGUCGACUAGGCAGACUGACGAGGAGUUCCUUGGUGAGACCACCAUCCAAUCCUUUGCGAGAACCGUGUCAACUUUCGGCGUGCGCAGCAGAAGCCAAACUGGACUGGACAGCGGCAACGGAAAUGCGAGGUCAAUAGAGACGCGUCGGAUGUCAAUGUUCUCUGGAUCUGCGCCUAUAGCUCCCAAGAAUAGCGGUGUAUUCACUGCUGCUCUCGGAACUGGCCUUGCAUAUGGACUUGCUCCCUCGUCGUCGAACGGUUUCGGCCUUGAUGGAGGCACUGCCGCUGUUAGCAAAGUACCAUCGCAUUUUUCAGGCAGCACGCUCACUCGAACUCUCAGUGCGUGGAAGCGUAGGAGCAUGCCGUCUUCACUCCAUAACUUGCACGUUUUCGGCCAGCCCCCUUCUCCAAUUUCGCCUCAGUCUGGGACGCACGCGGGCGGUUCGAAUGGCACAGAAAAGAAAUUAUCCGUGCAUGACCUGGUUAUUCAACCUACGCAGAGGGUGAUGCGAUAUGUGCUGCAGUAUCGUGACCUCCUGGGACACACUCCCGUCUCGAGUCCUUCGCGUGGGCUCGUUGAGCGCGCGUUGGAAAGUGCUCUCCGUAUCGCGAAGAAGUGCGACCGUGCCCAAGGAAACUCGGCCUUCCUUCGGCGCCCGUAG